AUGGAAAAUCUGGUUCAUAGUGAGAAUUCUAUAUUUCAAGAAGACAGUACUUUGAAGGUUUUAUUCGGUUUACUAAAAUCUUUUAUCUUGGAUUGUUUUGAAAAAAGAAAUUUGGAUGUUCAAUGCUUAGCCACUUUCAAUUAUUAUGACGUUUUAUUGAGAAUCAAAGACUGUCUUGAUAACGACAACAAGUCAAUUGAUAUUACUUUUAGAUAUGACAAAUCCGUGAAAAGUUUGGAUAAAUUGGCACAAACAAUGAGUACCAUAGGCACAAACGUAUUCUACCAUUGGUGCAUGAACUUAAUGUCUACUUUAGAUCUAGAUCAAAGUAUUAAUGCUGCUAAAUGUUCCGUUAUUCUAUUACUUACUAUUCCAAAUUUAAAAAUAGUAGAAAAGCCAGGUUUUCAAACACAAUACAAUAAAAAGGUAUUACAAGCCAAACCUAGCAUAAGCCUGUUGAGUAAAUUGUUACUGAAAGGGGAUUUAUUAAUAUCAACAAAGUUCUGUUUAUUGGAUGUUGACUCUAUCUUACCACAUAUACAAGAUGCUCUUAAGACGGUAAAUAACUCAUUUGACAUUAAAUUGGAAGAUAACACUGAAGUUUCUAUGACAAAACUCAAGAGCUAUUUUAUAGAUUUUUUGAUAUAUGAAAAUUGUUUUGGCUCAAUUGGUGUCGGACCACAAUCAUUGGGUGAGCUGGAUAUAAGUUUUUGGUUCCAGGAGAAGUACAUCAUACCAGUUGUUAAUAUACUAAGAUGGCUUGUUUUUAAAAAUAAUGAUACAUUAGCUGUUCAUAAUCAAAAACUUGAAAAGCUGUCUAUAUUAAAACCCAACUAUAACUCGUCAGGUAAGGUCAAUAAAGAGAAAUCAGCAAUUAAAAAUGAAAACUUUAAUGUAUUCCCAGACAUAGUUAUAUCCAAGAGACUAUUGGGUACAUCGACUGAGAUGCCAUUAUGUACAUUGGAAUUUAAGAGACAUAACAUCGCAAGAAUUUUCGACAAUUUUCCAUCAGAACAGUUUGAACCAUUUUUUUACCAAGUAUGUUCUCAGAUGGUUGCUGCUGAAGUUUCUCUUGGAUUUAUUAUAGACGGGUUCACAGUGUGCUUAUUUAUGAUUAAUUAUCAUUCACCAGAGUUUGAAAGCUAUUUGAAAGAUCACUCAAACAACAAAUUCCCUAUAUCUUACCAUUUGACUGAUAUCACUUCAAGUGAUGUUACAGUAAGAUCUUUAAUCUUUGGUGUGUUAUACUCGGAAGCUAUGCUCUCAUCUGAACAAAUUAGAUUGAAAAAUGAAAAAUUGGACCAAUUGAAAUACUGCUUGCUAAAGUCUUCAAAAGAGUUUGUUGCUGCUCUCAGAAGCUGGUGUGAUCUUAACUACAAAGAAUCCAUAAAGUUUGAUUCCUACACAAUAAACCAGGACCAGUUGAAUGGUUUGACCAUUGCAAAUGUACACAACGAGCUUGACCCACAAGUUAUUAAGUUAACCAAGAAACUCUCCAACAAUUUGUUCAAUUUGAAUUUAAGAGAUGAUGAAGAUAGUGUUCUAAUGUUGAUCUUUGAUCCAAUCAGAUUCAUAAUUUCGAACUUUAGAGAGGAUCAAAAAACUGAAAUUAAAGAAUAUAUUGGAACUUUUAAAACCAUGUUCAACAAUCAAUUGAAAACCCUAAGAUACAUUGACAAAUCAAACAAACUGAACAAGAGUCAAAUCAAUACAGCUGAAGUUAUCAGGAGUGGAAGCCUAAAAAUCGAAAUAGAUGAAACGUAUUUCUUUUGUGGUCAUUUUAUUCUUAUGAACAUUGAUGUUGGUGAUAAACCAUCAUCCAGAGAAGAUUUCAAUAGGGGCAUGGAACAAUUAAGAAAUUUAAAUCAAGCUGGCUUCAAUUUUAAUGAACUCCAAAUGGAUCAUAUGUUCUUUAAAGACCAUAAGUUUUAUUUCAAUAAUUUCUGGAAUGUAAUUUUUGGAACAAAUGAUGAUGCAAUUAGAAGAAACAAAACCUCAUUUGAAGAGUUUGUUGAUGGACACUGCUUUGAAUUAAAUAAGAGACAGAAAUCUAAUGAUUGA